AUGCAUGCAGAGUGGACGCUCUACGAGCAGGUGGCUGUGGCCGCCAUGGACUGCCAGCGUCUUGAUGUCGCAAAGGAUUGUAUUGGAGUCCUCUCCAAGCAGUUUCCUGGCAGCGCUCGUGUUGGCCGGCUAGAAGCCCUGCUGUUUGAGGCAAAGGGUGAUUGGGCUGAAGCUGAAAGAGCUUAUGCACUUAUCCUGGAAAACAACCCAUUUGAUCAGAUUGUCCAUAAGAGAAAAAUUGCUAUUGCAAAAGCACAAGGUGACAUGUCUUUAGCAGUUGAUUAUCUGAACAAGUAUUUGGAAUUAUUCAUGGCGGAUCAUGAUGCAUGGAGAGAGCUUGCUGAAAUUUAUGUUUCCUUACAGAUGUACAAACAAGCCGCCUUUUGUUACGAGGAACUAAUAUUGGCCCAACCAACCAUUCCACUUUAUCAUCUAGCUUAUGCUGAGGUUUUGUACACACUGGGUGGUUUGGAAAACCUUCAAACCGCUAAAAAGUACUACGCGUCGACGGUCCAGUUGACUGGGGGCAAGAACACGAGAGCUCUCUUUGGCGUGUGCCUGUGCAGCGCAGCGAUCAGCCAGCUGACCAAAGGACGGAACAAGGAGGAGGAGAGCUCGGAGCUGCAGAGCCUGGCCGCAGAGGCACUGAUGAAGGAUUACAAGCAGCGCGCGCCGUCCAUGGAGGCGCUCGUCGCGGGCAUGCUGAAGAACAUGAAGCUCUCCUGA